CACUUGUACCCCUCACCCACUCAUUUUCUUCCUCCCACAGACGACGAACCUGCCAGUUCUGGCACCACCACCACGGUUCUCUCGCGACUAUGAGGUCUCACCGCUCAUGACGUACAUUUCAAGAAGAUGGCUCUACCGAUAUCCAACGGCGGCGGGUUCGUUGCCGCUGACUUAGCUGAGAGCAACGGGCUGGGCCAACUGCCCAUUUUCAAUGUCGAGCCUGUGCAGUUGGCCUUCUCGAUCUCAGCAGACUUCGUGGCUGCGCAGGUCGCAAAUAAUGUCUUGAUAUUGGCGUUAUCGACGGGGAGGAUCUUACGGAUCGAUCUGGAGAGACCCGAGGAUAUCGACGACAUAGACCUCCCAAAGAGACCUUCCGAGGCGGGCGUCAUCCGCCGCAUGUUCCUCGAUCCCACCGCCUCGCACCUCAUAAUCUGCACCUCCCUCGGCGAGAACUACUACCUCCACUCGCAAUCUCGCACCCCACGGCCUCUCGCCCGCCUCCGUGGCGUCUCGCUCGAGUGCGUAGCCUGGAACCCGGCCCUGCCCACCGCCUCGACGCGUGAGAUCCUGCUCGGCGCCAGCGACGGUAAUGUCUACGAAGCCUACAUUGAGACGACCACCGAGUUCUACCGGAAAGAAGAGAAGUUCCUCAAAGUCCUGCAGAAGAUCCCUGACGGCCCUGUCACGGGUCUCUGGGUGGAUGUCUUGCCUGGUCGUGCCGAGGUCCGGAGGGUCAUGGUCGCGACGCAGACGCGGCUGUACCACCUGACCGGCAAGGUUGGGCGUGGCGAGGGCUCCGGGUCCAUCUACACGCGCCUGUUUGAGGCGGAGCAGCCUGUCGCCCACGAGCUCUCGCGGACGGCGGGCGCGACAGGGUCUGGGCUGGUCGUCUCGCCCGACCCGGCUGGCGAGACGGGCCCCUUGUAUGAGGCUGCUGCGCCAGACCGGACCUUUGCCUGGCUGAACUCCCAAGGCGUGUUCUGCGGGAGGCUCCUGCUCAGCCCUCAGCAGGGCACGGAUCUCGGUGCGAAAGUAUUCGGCGAGUCUAAGCUGCUGUCGAGGGCGCAACUCGCUGCUUCGACAGACCCAGCCACCAGGAGGCGGUCUACGGUGGACAACAUCGAGGCGAUCGCUCUGACGCAAUGGCAUGUCAUUGCGCUGCUUGGCGGACGCGUCGUGGCCGCAAACAGGCUCACGGGCACGCAGGUGUACGAUCAGCUGAUCCUUGACCAGGGACAGCGGGCGGUCGGAUUGUGUGUUGACCUGCAGAAGAACACGUUCUGGCUCUUCACGGCGCAGGAGAUCUUCGAGAUCGUAGUAAGGGACGAGGAUCGGGAUAUCUGGAAGAUCAUGCUCGAGCAGCAACAGUUCGACGCGGCGCUGCAGUAUGCACAUACGCCUGCUCAGAAGGACACCGUGGCGAAGGCGAGUGGUGAUUAUUUGAUCAGCAAAGGGCUGUAUGCCGAUGCCGCAGGCGUGUACGGCAAGAGCAGCAAGCCCUUUGAGGAAGUUGCCUUGACCUUCCUGGAUAACGGGCAGCACGAAGCGCUGAGAAAAUACCUGCUCACCAAGUUGGGCACAUUCAAGAAGAUGGCGGUGAUGCAGCGCAUCAUGAUCGCGACUUGGCUGAUCGAGAUCUUCAUGGCAAAGCUGAAUACCCUGGACGACACGAUCGUGACAAAGGCGGAGCUGACGGAGAACUUGAGCCCCACACAGACGCAAGAGCAACUUUCUACCGUCCGGAGUGAGUACCAGGAUUUUGUCACCAGGCACAAGGGCGACCUGGACAAGAAGACGGUCUACGACAUCAUCAGCAGCCACGGCCGCGAGGAUGAGCUGUUGUUCUUUGCAAAUGCGGUAGACGACUACGGCUACGUCCUGUCGUAUUGGGUUCAACGGGAAAGAUGGCCUGAGACGUUGAAUGUGCUCAAAAAGCAGAGGGACCCCGCCGUCUUCUACAGGUUCAGCAGCGUGCUAAUGACCAACGCUGCGGCGGACCUUGUCGAGAUCCUCAUGCGACAGUCGAACCUCGACCCGCGGAAUCUGAUCCCCGCCCUCCUUGAGUAUGACCGCACCUACAAGGGCCCACUGGCGCAGAACCAGGCCGUCCGGUAUCUUCUGUACGUGGUCAACCAGCUCAACUCAAUCGAUGCAGCGGUCCACAACACCCUCGUGUCGAUGUACGCAAGCCACCCGUCCCGUGACGAGUCGGCUCUGUUGGCAUAUUUAGAGUCACAGGGUGACGAGCCGCAUUUCGACCGCGAUUUCGCGCUGCGGCUGUGCAUCCAGCACAAGCGUGUGCUCUCGUGUGUUCAUAUUUAUACCAACAUGGGCCAGUACGUGCAGGCCGUGGACCUCGCGCUGUCGCACGACGAGAUCGACCUUGCAUCUUUGAUAGCAGACAGGCCGAUAGACAACCCUCAGCUUCGGAAGAGGCUCUGGCUUGCGGUUGCGAAGAAGGUCAUCAGUCAGACGAACGGCAUCAAGACCGCGAUCGACUUCCUGAAGAAGUGCAGCGACCUGCUGCGGAUAGAAGACCUAAUCCCCUUCUUUCCGGACUUUGUGGUGAUCGACGACUUCAAAGAAGAAAUCUGCACCGCGCUCGAGGACUACUCCCGGAACAUCGACUCCCUCAAGAAGGAAAUGGACGAGUCCUCACAGACUGCCGCGAAUAUCAAGCUCGACAUUGCAGGGCUGGACCACCGAUAUGCGAUUGUCGAGCCUGGGGAGAAGUGCUAUGUUUGUGCGCUGCCUUUACUGAGCAGGCAGUUCUUUGUGUUCCCUUGCCAGCAUGCUUUCCACUCUGACUGCCUCGGAAAAGAAGUACUCAAGCAGGCAGGUGUGGGGAGGGGAAAGAGGAUCCGGGAGCUGCAGAUCAUGAUCACUCGGGGUGUUGUGCAGGGGGAGAGAAGAGAGGUAGUUGUCAGGGAGCUGGAUGGGUUGAUUGCUAGUGCCUGCAUCCUUUGUAGUGAUUAUGCCAUUAAGAGGAUUGAUGAGCCAUUUAUCAAGACAGAUGAUAAUCUGAGUGACUGGGCAAUAUGA